UGUACAGUCAGGAACAGUUCAUUCCAGCACCUGGAUGCGAGCACAGAGUCCUUAUGCUUACUUUCUAUGUGUCCUGGGGGAAGCGUGGUGCUGCAGAACGGUGUUCGAUCAGUGGUUUUAGAAAAUCCCCAUACGACUACGGCCUUGGAGCGCGCGUCCGCGGCCCAAUGACAGCGCGUAAUGCUGCGAGACCGGAGUGAAUCAAGGGGACUUGGUGCUCGCGGAGCGCGCGGUGAUGGAGGAAAGCCGUCGUGAAAACAGUUGCCAUGGAAACUUGCACCAAGACGACGAUGGCAACGGCGUUAUCAUCAGUGCUGCCAGUGAGCGGUCCACGCCUCCGAGAUUAGCUGCUGAGAGUGUCGAGAGUUUGCCUUUAGAGGAGCUGCUCAGACGUACCUGCCUUUUCCCAGACUGAACAACUGACUAAAAGGUUUUUAGAUCAAGAGUGUGAAGUGGGUUCUUGAUCCUGAGAGGUUCAGAAGUGACAGGAUCUCACUGAGUGGGGUGUGUGUAGAGUCUUCAGGAGCAGCGUAGUACAAUACAACAAGCAGCAUACCAACAGUCUUUUUAUCAGCAUUCCUCUAAUAGCACUGAUGCACUAAAAUACCCUACCAGUCACUGAGGGGUGGAGACUCUUAUCAUCGAGACACGCCCCCUUCCCAUCCACUUUUUCUGCGGUCACAGAGAUGUACGGGGGUGCUCGGGGUGUGAGCCACGUCGAGGGCAGCCCGGCGCGCUCCCCACGCCUGCCCCGAUCACCCCGUCUGGGCCACCGCCGGGCGGCAAGCAAUAGUUCGGGCGGCAAGACCCUCUCCAUGGAGAACAUCCAGUCACUGAAUGCUGCCUAUGCCACCUCCGGCCCCAUGUACCUGAGCGACCACGAGGCCGUCGGCUCCGCCUCCACCUACCCCAAGGGCACCAUGACGCUGGGCCGGGCCACCAGCCGUGCCAUGUAUGGCGGCAGGGUCACUGCCAUGGGCAGCAGCCCCAAUAUCGCAUCCGUGGGCCUGCCACACGCUGACCUGCUCUCGUACGGGGAGUUAGGCUCUCUGGGCAUGCUACAGCACCACCAGCAGGGGGCACUGCUGCGCCAGGCCAUGAGGGGCCAGGGCGGCGAACUGCUGGAGCUGCAGGCUCAGGUCAGGGACAUGCAACGCGAGAACGACCUCCUGCGGCGUGAGCUGGACCUGAAGGAGAGCAAGCUGGGCUCCUCCACCAACAGCAUCAAGAGCUUCUGGAGCCCAGAGCUGAAGAAGGAGCGAGUGAUGAGGAAAGAAGAGGCGGCACGCACUUCCAUCCUGAAAGAGCAGAUGAGGCUGACUCACGAGGAGAAUCAGCACCUACUGGACGCCCGCAGGACAAAGCACCUUCAGAUGACCAUCCAGGCCCUGCAGGAUGAGCUGCGUACCCAGCGCGACCUCAACCACCUGCUGCAGCAGGAGAGCAGCUCGCGGGCAUCUGGGGCUGACCACUUUGCCACCAUUGAACUCACAGAGGAGAACUUCCGCCGGCUACAGGCUGAGCAUGACCGGCAGGCCAAGGAGCUCUUCCUCCUGAGGAAGACGCUGGAGGAGAUGGAGCUGAGGAUUGAGACGCAAAAGCAGACGCUGGGGGCCAGGGAUGAGUCCAUCAAGAAGCUCCUGGAAAUGUUGCAGAGCAAAGGGCUCCCCCCGGUGGCAGGGAGGGCAUCCGAGGAGGAAGAGCAGGAGAGGGCGAGGCGUAUCGCCGAGGCUGAGGCCCAGCUUGGCCACUUGGAGGUCAUCCUGGACCAGAAGGAGAAGGAGAAUAUCCACCUGAGAGAGGAGCUUCAUCGAAGAAACCAGCUGCAUCAGGACCCGAGCAAGACUAAAGCCCUGCAGACUAUUAUAGAGAUGAAGGACACCAAGAUUGCGUCCCUGGAGCGAAACAUCCGAGACCUGGAAGACGAGAUCCAGAUGCUGAAGGCCAAUGGCCUGCUGAGCACAGAGGAUCGUGAGGAGGAGAUUAAACAGAUGGAGGUCUACAAAAACCACUCCAAGUUCAUGAAGACCAAGAUUGAUCAGUUGAAGCAGGAGCUCUCUAAAAAGGAGUCGGAGCUGUUGGCACUGCAGACGAAACUAGAAACUCUAAACAACCAGAACUCUGACUGCAAACAGCACAUUGAAGUGCUCAAAGAGUCCCUCACUGCGAAGGAGCAGCGUGCUGCUAUCCUACAGACAGAGGUGGAUGCGCUGCGUCUGCGUCUGGAGGAGAAAGAGUCCUUCCUAAACAAGAAGAGCAAGCAGCUCCAGGAUCUGACUGAGGAGAAGGGGACCCUCGCGGGGGAGAUCCGCGACAUGAAGGACAUGCUGGAGGUCAAGGAGCGGAAGAUCAACGUCCUGCAGAAAAAAAUUGAGAACCUGCAGGAGCAGCUACGGGACAAGGAUAAGCAGCUGGGCAACCUCAAGGACAGAGUGAAGUCUCUGCAGACUGACUCCAGCAACACAGACACUGCUCUCGCCACUCUGGAGGAGGCUCUGUCCGAGAAGGAGCGCAUCAUUGAGCGUCUGAAGGAGCAGAGAGAGAGAGAGGACAGGGAGAGGAUGGAGGAAAUGGAUGCUUACAAGAAAGAGAACAAAGAUCUCAAGGAGAAGGUUAGCACUCUGCAGGUGGAGUUAACCGAGAAGGAGUCGAGUCUGAUAGAUCUGAAAGAGCAUGCGUCUUCCCUGGCCUCCUCUGGCCUCAAGAAAGACUCCAAGCUCAAGUCGCUGGAAAUCGCCAUCGAGCAGAAGAAAGGAAGGAGUGCAGUAAGCUGGAGACUCAGCUUGCAGAAGCAAGCUGAGCAGCUGUUCAAUCAGAUGAACAACCCUAAAGCCCAUGAGGUGGAGGUCCAGCAGGGCUCUCGGGCAAACCCUGACUACAUGGAGCGGGUGAAGCUCCUGGAGAAGGAGGUGUCCUUCUUUAAGGAGGAGUCAGGCAAGGCCCAGGCAGAGGUGGAGAGGCUUCUGGAGAUUCUCCGCGAGGUGGAAACCGAGAAGAACGACAAGGACAAGAAGAUCGCGGAGCUAGAAAGCCUUGCUCCUAGGCAAGGCAAAGAUCAAAACAAAAAGGGUCCCGACAUCAAGCUCGGCCAGCAGGGAGAGAAAAAGGGCAGUGGCAUCCUUCAAGACCCUCGAAAGGACAUUCCCAUGGACAUUCCCAAGAUGGAGGAACUGAUGAACGUGCUGGAGAAGACGCGACAGGAGCUGGAGGCCACCAAGCAGCGUCUGUCUUCCACGCAGCAGUCCUUGGCCGAGAGGGACGGCCACCUGACCAGCCUCGGGCAGGAAAGGCGCAAGCAGCUGGAGGAGAUUCUGGAGAUGAAGCAGCAGGCACUGCUGGCUGCCAUCAGUGAGAAAGAUGCUAAUAUUGCCCUACUGGAGCUCUCCUCCUCCAAUAAGAAGAAGACACAGGAGGAAGUGAUGUCAUUGAAGCGUGAGAAGGACCGGCUGAUGCAGCAACUCAAGCAGCAAACCCAGAACAGAAUGAAGCUAAUAGCAGAUAACUACGAAGAUGAUCACUACCACUCACAUGGCCCCCCUCACCACAUCCAACCGCAACCACCUCAUCCACACCCACAGCCUCCACCUCAGCCCCAGCCGUUGUACCCCCACGCCCAGCUGCCCCAACAACAGGCCCCAUACCCACACGUCCCGCACGUGCAACACCCACAAGCCCCUCCCCAUCACCCUCACCCCCAGCAAGCACCUCAGCCACAGUACCCCCAACACCCCCAACACCCUCAGCCCCCUGGCCCCCAUCAGCACCCAGCCCGGCCCCAACAGCCCCACCCACAACACCCGCACGGAGGUCCCCCUCCCCAGCAACACCCACCACACCCACAACACCCACAUGGGCCACCACCCCAGCAGGGACCUCACCCCCAACACCCACAACACCCCCACCACCCCCCUCAUGCUGGACCUCACGGCCCUCAUCCCCGACACCCGCCUCCACACCAUCGUGGCCCCGCCCGCGGACCCCCCCAUCCUGGACACCGACCAUCCCCAGAUCCAGAUGACGAGGAGGGUAUUUGGGCAUAACCAUAUCCAAACCAAAGCUAUGAUGAUUUUUAUGGGAUUACUUAGUAACAUUUGGAGGUGCAUAGCCAUGCAGAUGAAACUACAUAUUAUUCACUUGGCCGGACCCUAUCUACCAACAGACCCAUCAUUCUGGAGGAGGCCUUCACAGGAAUAUAAGCAGGAGGGGUGUGUGGCGCGAGCGUGCAGGCUAACAUCUGAACAGGUGGGAGACAGGCUCAGGUGGAGAGGUGUACAGGCUUGGAUGGAGGAAACGACACGGGCACCUCUUGCUUAAUGGAGUUACACUGAGAAACAACUGCCUUGGAUGACUCACUGCACCUACUCAAGAGAGCCUUGAAAGACAUCUUCAGCGGAUCCUUCUGAUCCCUGUGCUCCUGUGCAUUGUCUCCGCCCCUCUCCUGCCUGUCUACGUCCAGUCAUAUAGGGCCGCGUCUGCGCAAGUGCUUCACUCCACCCCCUCUUUGACUAAGCCGCUCAGAUUGCACAAUGGGUCACAGCAAUUAAAAUAAAAUGAAUCUUGUCCCGCCUCUUCAUCUUGAGGAAUCUUUUGCCAAGUAUUGCCAUUUUCAGUUUUUUUUUUUGUUUGUUUGUUUAGUUGUUCAAAUUAGCACUAGAUAAAGUCUUACGAGUUCAUUUUCAGUACAUAUCAGGGUCACCAAAUUCCCUUAAACCACUUGAUUAAGGGAAUUUUUGUGCUGUACUGGUUCUGAUUCUCCAGUGGUCUGUAGCGUGGUCUCAGUGAUUUUAGCCUGUGGUAGGUUCAGCCUUCCAGCUUGUUUAGAUCCUGUCAUUGCUGUGUAAUGUCACCGGAGCUAAUGGUCUUAAAUCUCCAUAUGCAGGGCUGCAUUUGACUCUUGUAAUCAGUCUCCAGCUUGCGGACUAGCUGGUCCUACCGUACUGUGGCCUGCACUAUUUUUGCUCCAGCCAUAAUAGCUGCCCCAUUGGAGCUCCUGCUUUGGUUUUUGUGGUGUGACAGCAUGCACCUAUGCACCUCCUCCACCCUCAAAGCUGGGCGGGAGCUUCAGAAGCUCCGCCCGCCAACACCCGCCCCACCAUCGUUAUGAUGAAGAGCACUCAACUGGCCUCUGAUCAAAGAAAGUUGCAACUCCUACCCUUCUCCAGGGUUCAGUUAAUGGUGCUUUUACUGGUGCUCAUGCCCAACACGGAUGGAGACAGCCAUUUCUACUCUGACCAGUGUCCUGAUGCACACACUCAUGUGAAGGGCGUUGUUUUACUAUGACUCUUCAGAACUGCCGAAGCCUGGUCAGCGAAUGUGUCUCUAGUGUUCAUAGGUCUAAAGUCAGUGUUUCGAUGCUUGUUUGAUGAUAAGAAAUGUAUCAGCAUGUGCCCUGUUCAUAUCAGUCUGGAGAUUAUACAACAGACAUAUGCACAUUGGAGAAGCCCUCACAGGAGCUUCCCUUCUGCACCUGCACUCAUGCCCUGCAGGAAGCUCGAACAUCCCCCCAGUCUGGUUACUGGAAACCACUGGUGUCCCACUCCUUUAGGCCGCAAAGAGAGCCAGGAUGUCCUUCACCCCUUUAAUCCAAGCGUGAAGGAGUGCCUUUUGGGACAUGAUCAGGUCAAAGGUCAAAAGGUCAUGGCCUGAGUGUUCUGAUGGAGGAUGGGGUCGCUCCACCUCUUGUUCUUGUUCUACUGCCCCUCAUUCCUGUGGCAAGAAUACUUGUGCCCUCCCUCACCCUUAUUACUCCUCUCAACAUAGUGGCUAGUGCCUCAGCCGAGUAGAUCUAUACAUUAAUUCUU